AUGUUUAUCAGUCCCGACAAGCCCCCGGUGGUGGACAUGGUCUCACUUCGGGACAAUGUCUUCAGCUUUGCAGCAGCCGACUUUGUGGCCCCGUGGCUCCUCCAACUGAAUCACUUGAAUCAUCUGAAUCGUCACGUCAACACGUCACUCUUUCUCCGCCACCACCAGGACCAGAUCCAACAGGAGCAGCUGGACAAGAUGGCUUCUUUCAACCCCAUGUCUCUGAAGGCCGGCUGGUCUCACUCUCAGACUGCCGGACAAGGGCUGCCCGAGCAUGGCAUGCAGGUUUACGAUGGGUAUUAUGAAACACAGAACCCUGGAACUUCUAUGUCGACCGAUGACCAACCCCUGACAAAUACCAACAACAACAAUAACAACAACACCAACCGGUCCUCACACUCAUCCCGCUCCUCAGGCACCUCCGGUUCCUCCGUCUCGCGCUACCCGUCAUCCACGGGUACAGAUGUGUCAGCGGGCCCGUCGUAUUGGACUUCGCUCCCGUUUGCAGCGGGCACGCACACACAGCACCAAGCCUGGGAGCACCACGCGAACCACGGUCUCGUCAACCCCGCGGAACUCUACUACGGCUACUCCGUCAACGUCCACACCAGCGCCAUCCCGCAGAAUGUCUUCAACUCGGCCAACCAUGGACUCCAAGGCCUUUCACUGCCGUCGAUGGCGAACAACACCAAGGACACCAACCCUAACCCUGACCUGAAACGGGAGUACACCCCUUCACGUGUGCUCGACGGGAUGGUUCUCGAUGAGGAGACGGGUUCGGGAGUCUGGGGCACCGAUGCAUCGCCGGAUGGUCAUGCCAGGUAUGAUGACCCGCAGGGCAUGGAGCUGUCCGGGUCUGAUGUCACCAGCAGCAGCUGGGUAGACCACGCGGGCGACAAGGAUACUGUCUCGCCUCGGAUGCUACGAAUUCGCCAGACCCCGACGCCGUCGACGUCGUGUGAGUCGAUGCACGCGCGGUUUACCCUGGAUGCCAACACGCCGUUGGCCACUGGUACGCCUGCCGCCUCAUCCACAGCCACGGCGACGGCCGCAGUCGAGGUUGCUCACAACCAAACACCUGAGUCAACCAAUGCUACCGCGGAACCAGCGGCUAAAAGACCCCGCAAGACGCUCCCCGACCGCACCACCACAGCCCACCGCCCGUUACUACCGGCCAACGAAAUGACCCGGCGUCAACGCUCCGCCGAGCUGACCCAGGCCCAAGCCGAGCCCAGGACGCAGACAACCACGUCGUCCUCUUCUCACAACAGCAAACUAACGCGUCUUCGCCCUCAGUCGCGUCGGACCACGACCACGACCUUAGGUUCGGGCCAGAGUCAAACUACCCCCUCCGCACCAACCUUAACUCUCCCCCAUCAUGCGAGCUCCACCUCCACCUCAACAACCUCAUCCUCCACCCUAGGCCGAGGCCCCCCAAAGUCCCGCGAGCCAAUGGAGUUGCCUGAUCGAGCAUCCAAAGACGACUUCCUCGUUAAACAGAAGCAGGCAGGUCUGACAUACAAAGAGAUCCGACGGAUGGGGGGGUUCACCGAGGCAGAGUCGACGCUAAGGGGACGGUAUCGGACGUUGACUAAGAGUCGCGAGGCGAGGGUGCGGAAGCCGGAGUGGUCUGAGAAGGAUCUCCGCCUCCUAGACGCCGCCGUCCGCGCCCUAUCCUGCCCCCCCGACGUCUACACCCCUUCCCCCUCUCACCACCACAACCCUUACUCCACAUACCACCACCAGCCCUCCUACACCUCGCACUCCCCCGCAACAGGAACAGGAGCCCCCCCCACCCAAUCCUCCAAAAUCCCCUGGAAAAAAGUCGCCGAGCACAUGGUCGCGCACGGCGCUUCCUACCACUUCGGCAACUCGACCUGCCGGAAACGAUGGGACGAAUUGGUGAGAGAGCAGACGGCGUUGGGGAAGAGUGUGCGUCGGCCUUUUUUUGAUCACACUUCGCCUUCUCCGUCUUCAAGUGCUUCGUCGUUUUCUACUGCUUCUCCGGGGCUUGGGGGUGAGGGUGAUGAGGAGAAUGGGUAUGAGGAGUUUGAGGGAGAGGAGGGGUUCUUGGGUUAUUGA